AAAGUGCUCAAAUGAUAUAUACAGUAUCUCAUUGUCUCAGAAUAUCAUCAAACGCUCUCUUCAUUUUCCUAUUUUAAAUGUCCCAAAAUGAGAAUUUGCUUGUCAGCAGCAUGCUGUAAUAUACUGAUUAUCAACUCACAUGCCACAGCACAUUUGGGGACCUCAAGUCUCACAAUAGUAUCAUCAAAUUUAGCUCAUUAGCUUAUUUCUGCAAGUGAGGUUACAUUACUAUUACAGUGAUAACUAUCAGAAGAAACUUGACAAGUCAUGUGACACCAGCAUCACUAGGUAUGACUUGCCCCAAGAGAGAUGGUGUGUUUUCUGCAUAGUGUGUUUUGCCUAGACCCAAGUAAUGACAAAGGACUGAAAGAUAAUGGCUAAUAUGUAGUAAACACUUGCUGUCAAAUAUUAUUCUAAGGGCUUUACAGGGAUGAGCUCAUUUAAGCCUUGGAGCAAUCCUUUGAGUAGAUCCUAUUACAGAAGAAGAAACUGGAGGCAAAGUUAGUAAUUUGCCCUAGAUGUAUCUAGUGGCUGAAUACUGAUGAGGCCAGCAGUGAGCCCAGAUCACGGCAGUAUAUUCCAGCCUGAGCAACAGAGUGAGACUGUCUCAAAACCAAAAAAAAGUUGGGAGGGUGGAGAAACAUUUCCAUGUUGACAGUUGCUCUAGCUCAGAGCCUUGUAAUCAUGCACCAGCAGAGCCAUCUGGGUUACUGCAAUAGUUCUCUAAUAGGCCUUGUUUUCUUUGUCCCUCAAAAUCUGUAAUACAGUCUCUCAACAGCCAGGGUGAAGCGAGUCAGGUCAUAUCACUUGUCUGCUCCAAUCCCUCCCGUGGGAUUGGACUACCGUAUUUAAAACCAUCCCUGCGUCUGCCCUGCUCUAUUAUCCUUUAUCUGCUUUAUUAUCUCUACAGCACUUAUUACUACGUAUCAUAACACAUAUUUUACUUUUUUAUCUCCUCCCAUUGGAAGGCAGGGAUCUUUGUUCCCUGCUGCUAUCUCAGAUUCUACAAUGGUGCUUGGCACACAGAAAACAAUAUCUACUUGGAUGUUUCAGUUAAAAACAACAAGAAUUAGCUGGGCAUGGUGGCUCGCGCCUGUAGUACCAGCUACUCGGGAGGCUGAAGCAGAAGAAUUGCUUGAACCCAGGAGGCGGAGGUUGCGGUGAGCCAAGAUCGCGCCAUUGCACUCCAGCCUGGGUAACAAAAGCGAAACUCCGUCUCAAAAAAAUAAAAACAACAACAACAACAAAAAACAGUAUCGGCACCAUAAGAGGGAAAAAUGAAAAAGGAAAAGUACUCAGUAUAUAUUUUUGAAUAAAUGGAUUAGUGUGUUUGUGAUGACAAUCGAUGAUAAUCAAGGGGUUGGAUACUCACCACAGCUAACAGUUAAUUGAGCACUGUCUCAAUUAAGCUAAUGUCUAAGCUUUUUGCAUAUUUUAUUUAACCCCCACAACCAUCUGUGAUGUAGUUCGUUAUUUUUUCCACUUUACCGAGUAGAAAACUGAGGAGGACCAGAAGCCCAUUCCCACAGCACGUUUCAGAUGAGUUGGAUUUCUUUGCCCUGCUUCUUCAUAAAGGGACUGAACUAACAAUGCUCUUAACCAGCUUGCAAGAACGUGGCACUCGUCUCAGUCAUCCGAGAUAGCAGGGUUUGGCGUCCAUAGCAACCAUGGCGCCAGGACGCGCUCGAGCGAGAACAGGUACAGAGCCAAAUCUUCCACAUUCAUAGACACCUACCAAAUCCCGAACACGGGGACACCGUCUUAGAACGCUGACGAGUCCCUGGUAAUGUAGAAAAAACGGUAACAGAGUGACACAGCAGCCAUCGAAGAUGCUCCACUUCAGACCCCGACAGACGUCACGUGACGGGUGGGGACCGCCAACCGCCCCGGCCUCGCGCGGCUUCCUCCGCCUACCACGGAAGUGAGGCAGGGAUACCAGCGCGACGGACCGCGGUGAACGGAAGUGGCUGUGGAAAGCUUUAAGUUUGCCACGGUUUACAAGGCCAGAGAUAAGAAUACCAACCAAAUCGUCGCGAUUAAGAAAAGUAUCACAGCCAUCAGCUUCACCAGAUACAGUCAAAUUGCUCUCCAGAAUGAUUGGACCAGUUUACUGUCCCACCACAUUCUCAACAUCAUUUGCAUUGUCAGACUUUAAAUCAUUUGUCAACUACAUAGAUUGAAAAUGAUCAAACUUGGACAUAGAUCAGAAGCUAAAGAUGGUAUAAAUAGAACAGCCUUAAGAGAGAUAAAAUUAUUACAGGAGCUAAGUCAUCCAAAUAUAAUUGGUCUCCUUGAUGCUUUUGGACAUAAAUCUAAUAUUAGCCUUGUCUUUGAUUUUAUGGAAACUGAUCUAGAGGUUAUAAUAAAGGAUAAUAGUCUUGUGCUGACACCAUCACACAUCAAAGCCUACAUGCUGAUGACUCUUCAAGGAUUAGAAUAUUUACAUCAACACUGGAUCCUACACAGGGAUCUGAAACCAAACAACCUGUUGCUAGAUGAAAAUGGAGUUCUAAAACUGGCAGAUUUUGGCCUGGCCAAAUCAUUUGGGAGCCCCAAUAGAGCUUAUACACAUCAGGUUGUAACCAGGUGGUAUCGGGCCCCUGAGUUACUAUUUGGAGCUAGGAUGUAUGGUGUGGGUGUGGACAUGUGGGCUGUUGGCUGUAUAUUAGCAGAGUUACUUCUAAGGGUUCCUUUUUUGCCAGGAGAUUCAGACCUUGAUCAGCUAACGAGAAUAUUUGAAACUUUGGGCACACCAACUGAGGAACAGUGGCCGGACAUGUGUAGUCUUCCAGAUUAUGUGACAUUUAAGAGUUUUCCUGGAAUUCCAUUGCAUCAUAUCUUCAGUGCAGCAGGAGACGACUUAUUAGAUCUCAUACAAGGCUUAUUCUUAUUUAAUCCAUGUGCUCGAAUUACGGCCACACAGGCACUGAAAAUGAAGUAUUUCAGUAAUCGGCCAGGGCCAACACCUGGAUGUCAGUUGCCAAGACCAAACUGUCCAGUGGAAACCUUAAAGGAGCAAUCAAAUCCAGCUUUGGCGACAAAAAGGAAAAGAACAGAUGCCUUGGAACAAGGAGGAUUGCCCAAGAAACUGAUUUUUUAAAGAGAACACUAGACAACAUUUUACUACUGAAAGAAAUAGUCAAAAAGGCAAAUAAUAGAAAAAUAGUAAACAUUAAGUAAAUGCUGUAGAAGUGAUUUUGUAAAUAUUCUACACAUGUAAAAUAUGUAAAACUAUGGGUUAUUUUUAUUAAAUGUAUUUUAAAAUAAAAAUUCUGUUUUUUUCUGA